AUGAAGAUACUGUAUAUUGCUCUGUUUGCGUCUUUCGGUGGUCUUCUUUACGGUUACCAGCAGGGAGUGCUCGGUCAAGCCCUCGUCAUGAAUUCUUUCCAACGAUCGUUUCCCUCCAUCGCUGCCGAUCCAACCGCCCAAGGCUGGUUGACCUCAGUCCUCCAGCUCGGCGGGUGGCUCGGAGCUGUCUCUUCUGGUGUGUUCUGCGAGGUUUUCUCCCGGAAACGAACAAUCUUCUCUGGUGCCAUCUGGGUUAUCCUGGGCUCGUACCUUACUGCGGGUGCCAACGCGGCAGGCUUCCUAUAUGCUGGCAGAUUCUUCACUGGCAUUGGGGUCGGCACGCUGUCCGCUGCUGGUCCUCUAUACAACGCAGAGCUAGCGCCCCCCGAACUCCGAGGUCUUCUCGUCUCAAUGCAACAAUUGGCUACUACCAUUGGGAUUCUGGCUGCCUACUGGAUCGCAUAUGGGACGAAUUACACAGGUGGUACCGGAGACGGCCAGUCCGACUGGGCCUGGCGGUUACCUCUGAUCAUUCAAGGGGUUCCUGCCAUCGUGCUCGCAGUUGGCGUCUGGUUUCUUCCCUACUCACCUCGCUGGUUGGUCGGUCACAACCGGAAAGAAGAUGCCCUCCAGACGCUCAGUCGUCUUCGUGGCGCUCCGAUCGACGACCAGCUCAUCCAGAUCGAAUACCUCGACAUUCAAUCCGAAUGCAUCUUUGAGAGGCGCAUGUUUGAGAAGCGGUUUCCAAACCUCUCGGAAAAGUGGCGCAACAACAUAUGGUUUCGGGAGCUUGCUCAGUAUGGUCAGAUCGUUCGGACCAAGGACUCUUUCAAGCGCGUCGCCAUAGCAUCGCUCGUCAUGUUUUUCCAGCAAUUUUCUGGCAUCGACUCAGUCAUAUAUUACGCCCCUAUCAUUUUCACCUCUCUGGGCCUCACUAGCAGCACAAGUUCCCUUCUCGCGACAGGAAUCACUGGUGUUAUCAAUGUGUGCACCACGAUCCCGGCUGUCCUCGUCAUUGACAAGAUCGGGCGCAAGACUUUGCUUAUGUUUGGGUCUUUCGGCAUGCUCUCUACACUGGUCAUCGUUGGCGUGAUUGCUUCUCAGUUUCAGAACGACUGGCCAUCACACGCUGCUGGGGGCUGGGCCUGUGUUGUUAUGAUCUGGCUGUAUAUCGUCAACUUCGCCUACUCCUGGGGACCUGCUUCCUGGACUCUGAUCGCCGAGAUAUUCCCCCUGUCUAUCCGUGCUAAGGGAACAUCCAUCGGAGCAUCGGCCAACUGGAUGUGCAACUUUGUCAUUGCUCUAAUGACGCCUAGCAUGCUGGCUCGUAUCUCGUGGGGCUUGUACAUAUUCUUUGCCGGCUGGCUUGCUUUGGGCAUUGUCUUCGUGUGGUUCUUUGUCCCAGAGACAAAGGGUAAGACCCUCGAGGAGAUGGACCAAGUCUUUGGAUCCAAGUCAAGUGAGGAGGACAUAGAAGUGCUGGCUGCUAUACAGGAAGAGGUUGGCCUCCUGAGAGCUAUCGCGCUACUGGGCGAGCAGACCGAGACCGAGGGAAAGAUGAGCACUCAGCAUGUGGACCAAGUAGCCUAA